CUUAAAAAAAUCCCACGGGGUGCCCAACAACACUGCUAUAGGACCAUAAGAUAGAACGGAACACGAAUACAACAAGUAUGCAAUUAACUCUGGAGAAAGUACCACGAUUUAUACAUUCAAAUAUUUUGAAAUGUCGGAAUACCAGAUAUUAUUGCACGAAAGUGAAAGAUGACACUGAAAUCCCUACAAAUCCUUUGAAGAAAUAUUUUAGCGCCAACGAUCAAACCGUGAAUGGUUCCAUAUACGACAAUAAACCUUUCAAAUACUUCUGCACAGCUGGAAAAAAGUACACGUGGUGCUUAUGCGGUAAAAGUGCCAGACAACCCUUCUGUGAUGGCACUCACAGAAAUCAGUUUCUUAAAAUUAAACAAAGGCCGAUCAUAUUCACAGUUACGGAAAGCAAAGAUUACUGGCUAUGUAACUGCAAACAAACGUCAAACAGACCCUUCUGUGAUGGUACACAUUUAAGGGAAGAUAUCCAGGAAAAGAAAACAUAAUUAACUCAUUAAAACGAUCAUUAGUGAAUAUAUUUUUGUUUUAUUUUAUGAUAAGACUUAUUAUAAUGUUCCUUUCUCAUACAUCUUUCCCCUUUGUACAUCCCAAGUCUGCCUUGUAUGUUUAAUAAAUGAAUGAUGAAAGA